AUGGCUGUUAAAGCAAUCACCAAUGAAGCUCACUUCCAAACCGGACUAGCCGCAGCAGGAGGAAAAUUAGUCCUUCCGGCGAAAUAUCCAAAGGCUGUCUUUCUCAAGGUGGACGUCGACAGAUGUACCGAAACGGCGCCGUCCCAGGGCAUGUCGACCAUGCCAAUGUUUAUUUUCUACCGAACCAGUACGAAGAUUGACAGGAUGCAGGGUGCAGACAUUAAUGGACUUGAAGCCAAAAUACAGAAACAUUACGUCGCCAGCGUGGAUGAAUCUGGAGAAGAAUACGGUCUUGGAAUGUUGGACUUGAACACCUUCAUCCAGAAGAACCAGUGCGAAUGUUUGAACGAAUUGAACGACCACCCGAUGGUGAAUGCGCUCAGUUCCAGCGGUGAUCAUCUGGUGUCCGAUUGUGACGAACAGCUGAUCAUUUCGAUUACCUUCGAUCAGCUGGUCAAAAUCAGUGCCAUCAAGUUCAAAGCACCGCCCUCUAACGGACCAAAAAAAAGUAAUAACGAUGAGGAGGAAGAUAUUUUCGAACCCACACCACCAGCAUGCCACCAGUAUGUACAGAAGUGA